CGAACUUUUCGUGAUCCACAACGCCACAAGGUAAGAGAUAGGAAUUUGCAUUGUAUUGAAAUUAUUGAUAAAUUGCUGACAUACUGAUUAUCUAUUCCAGGUGGAACAGCUAUUUUGAUGCUUUGGUUAAUGUGGAAAGCUUUUUGACGAAAAAUAGAGAUAACCUUGCUAUUGCCUUUGAUCACUUCAAACUGAAGAAACUUACUGUUUUGGAAGAGGAAUUUUUGAGGGAAUAUAUUAAGAUAAUGAAGCCACUAACUGAAGCCCUUGACGUCUUUCAAAAUAAGGAAAAAAUGUCAGCUGGGUGUGUCCUCCCCGUUCUCACGAUUUUGAAGGAAAAAAUUGCCGAAUUCAAAGAAGAUAGAAACAUCAUCUACUGCACACCGCUUGUGAACUGUCUUUUAGAUGGAAUAGAGAAAAGCAUCGAGGGUGAAGACACCGCCACAGCUAGUUUAAGUGAAACUGCUUCACAACCAAGGAAAAAUUCCCGGUUCUUGAACGGGUUGAAAUGGAAGGCUUCUGCGGAACUGGGCGAAGUGGAUCGCUACGUCAAUGACGGCUACGGUAUUCUUGAGGAUCUCAAUCGCUACCAAACAAUCAAGCAAAUAUUCAUACAGUACAAAAGCGCAUUGCCAUCUUCUGCUGCCUGUGAGCGCCUGUUUAUUGUUGCUAGCUUGAUUUUUGUACCGAAGCGUACAAAUUUAUCUGAUGCAAAUUUUGAUAGACUGGUUUUCUUAAAACAAAAUGGCACAUGUUCAAGAAACUGGAAGACUAGUCCUUCUAAAACUAAGUAA